AAUAGGGUGUAGACCUCAUUACACGUCUUUAUACCAGCUGUUACUGGCCCCCAUUUUGGAACAGUCCUAUUCAAAUUCCCACACACACGACAGACAGUCGGGGCAGCGCACAUUCGGUCUGUAGACUUGAGGAUUUUGCUCUAUUCUUGCGGGCUGUCUGACCAUGGAUUGGGCCCUUCGUCCGGAUUGAAUCCUCGGGGCCGCCUGUGUGUCUGGAUUUACGGAUGUAGACUCCGUAAAGUACGAUUCGAUAGUAUCGCUGCUAAAAAGGUGGGCACCAUAGUUCCAACCCUGUGGCUUUUGAUUGUCCACCAUGCGUGCCCUGAGCUGGACGGUCCGGCUCCUGUCCGUGCUUGUCGUGUCCACCCUGCUGCGUGCCCAGGACAUCCCCGUGUUCGACGACUUUCCCGACGACUUGGGGUCAGGGGUCCCGCCCUUCCCGCGCCCCGCAGUCUUCCCAGAGUGCACCGAGGGGACCUCGUGCGUGCUGAGCUGCCGCUACACAGACAACAAGGGUAACGUGAUCCCGAACAAGCCCCCGGUCCGGCUGACCAUGGACAAGCAGGAGGACCGGCUGCGGGGGCUGGUGUCCCGCCAGGAGGAGGUCAUCUAUCAGCAGGGCCUGCUGGAGCAGCAGCAGCAGCAGCUGGUCAACCUGCUGCAGGCCUCCACUGCAGACCAGCAGCUGGCCGCGCUGGACAGCGAGACGUGCCUGUCGUGCAACCCGACGCAGUGGUGUGACCGGGAGGGUAAGACGCAGUGCCGGGACUGCACCGUCUGCCAGGGCGGGUACCGGGCCCGCUCAGACUGCACCAAGUUCACGGACGCCACCUGCAUCGACAUCGACGAGUGUCGGGAGGGCACGGACAACUGCAAGGCGGACGAGCUGUGCGUCAACACGCAGGGUACCUUCGUGUGCGUGGAGAGCGUCGGCAGGUGCCCCAAGGACAGCUACUUCGACCUGAAGACGAAGAAGUGUGAGAGCUGCAGCGUCUGUACGGAGGGGAUCAGUUUCCUGUACCUGCCAUGCGGCGUGGUGAACGACUCGGUCUGCACUCCCUCCGUCGGCGCCACGCUGUCCUCUCUGUGGAUGGGCAAAAUCAACGACCCUACUUUAGUCACGAGGGCGGAGAACCUAGCCAGCGGGUUAAAGGUGGACCUGAGCUCCUUCCACGCGCAGAACAAUUCGUACUUCCAGAACAUGCCGAGGAAGGGGAUGGUGAAGUUUCGCAAGCACGGCUUCGUCACGGUCACGUUCAACUUCGCGGCCCGACACUCGUGCAACGACUACAUGCAGUUCGGAGUGAAGACGUCUGAGCUGGGCGGGCUAGCGGCCUCACGGCUCACGGAGCUCAGCGGGAAGUUCUUCCAGGGCUCAACCAUCUCCACCACGGUGGAGGUGGACCCUCAGGACGAGCUGAGCCUUGACGUGAAGAGCGGGACGUACUACUGCUUCAAGAACUCCAACGACGCCCGCUACUCCACCACGUUCGAGGAGAUCGCCCCGGACAACCUGGCGGGACCGAUGAGCCUGCUGUGGCUGUCCCACGAGAGCGCCGCCGUCUUCCUGCGCGCAGAAACCCGCCAGACCACCUACGAGACCGGCUGGCGAGCCACCUUCAACAUGAAGGAAACCUCUGAUCAUUACAUCCUGCGUUUAGACUCGUACACGUACUUUAACAUCAGAGAGGGAGGCAACCUGAGGUUCUCGUUCAUGCAGGCGUACUUUCUGAGCGGGCAGGCGUGCCGAAGUAACGGCCUGGUGGUCAUCCCGAAACUGUUAAAACGGGACGGUCAAGUCAUCGACUUGUUUGAGAACUAUCAGAGAGGCGUACCCCUGCAGUAUAACUCCAUCCUCACCGCCGGUAGCGUGCCAGUGGAGUAUAACGACAAACUCUUCUUCGACGUGGAGACGGCGCGGAGCUGCAAGAUGUACUUCUACGGGAAUAACGAGGGAGUCGGCACCGUGAGCCUGCUGUGGGUCCCGUUCCGCCAGUCGGCGCUGUACGCCGGGAUGCUGGUGAACGGGGACGACCUGUUCGGGGUCGGGGAGGAGACACAGCUGCGCUUUCAGGAGGUGAACAACACGGACGCGCGCGCGCUGCGACAGCUCCGCAACGGCAAGCUCAAGUUCAAGCGCAGCGGGCGCAUCCUGGUGGACUACCACGGCGUCCUCAUGCACUCCUGCGCGUACGCCAAGGUGACCGUGUACUACGAGAACCGGCCAGGAGCAACCCCUAUCCCUUUCGCCCAGCAAGUGCAGGGGAAGACGGACUCGGAAAAGGAGGGGAUAGUGUUGAGUGGCGCGUACACGGUCAAGGCUAACUCCAGGAUAUACUUAACGUUGACGUGUGCAGAGGGAAGAGUGAACGAAGUCUUGAACGGGAGAGUAAAUGCGGUAUCUGUACUGUGGUUCCCUCCAUAACAUUAUAUUAGUAACUUUUACAAGAGAUUUUUCAUGCGUUCUACUUACUAUAUAGAUUCAUUCUACUAGCACUUGUUUGGUACUAGUAUUAUAGAAACUGUUAUGACAUUUCCCCCAUACAAAAAUUCACUUUCUCUGUAAAUGUCAUGUUAAAAAUCCUUUUGUUUUGUUUUCUACACCAUUAUGUUUUGAGUCUGUUACAAAACGGAUAGCACCCAG